AGCCCAGGCAGGGCCGCCGCCGCCGCCGCCGGGCAGCAGCUGGUGACGCAGGAAAAACGCCCCAGAGAGAGAGAAGCGCUCAGGGCCGGCACCCGGAGCGCGGGCAGCGGCGCCGGAUUUGCCCUCCCGCUUCCCGCCGCAGCGCAACCGAGUGGGAGCCGGGGGAACGGAGCCGCCCCCUCAGAGCCGCGGCCUGGCAUGAGACCGUGCCCCGCCGGCCGCCGGGCAUGAGGCAGCGCCCAGGAGGGCUCCGGGCCGCCGCAGCAGCCGCCGCGGGACGAGGGGAAGCGGUGCGGGGAUUAUGCAAUGGUCUCUGCAAGAUGGCAUGUUCUUGAGUUGGAGAUUUUUAAGGCAAGCAUAUGCUGGUACUUCAACUUUACUAAGUGGACUAUAAUUUCUUCUCUCACAUCAACUACAUAAGCAGACAAAAUUGCAAAGAUCUGCCCUGUGUCGAGUAUGACAGCCACGACUCGUGGCUCUCCGGUAGGAGGGAAUGACAGCCAGGGCCAGGCUCCUGAUGGACAGUCCCAGCCUCCCCUCCAGCAGAAUCAGACUUCUUCACCUGAUUCUUCAAAUGAGAACUCCCCAGCUACCCCGCCUGAUGAGCAGGGCCAAGCUGAUGCUCCACCCCAGCUUGAAGAUGAGGAGCCUGCAUUUCCACACACAGACCUGGCAAAGUUGGAUGACAUGAUCAACAGGCCUCGAUGGGUUGUUCCUGUAUUGCCGAAGGGGGAAUUAGAAGUUCUUCUAGAAGCUGCUAUUGACCUAAGUAAAAAAGGCCUUGAUGUCAAAAGUGAAGCAUGCCAGCGAUUUUUUCGAGAUGGGUUAACAAUAUCCUUCACAAAAAUCCUUACAGAUGAGGCAGUGAGCGGCUGGAAGUUUGAAAUUCAUAGAUGUAUUAUUAACAACACUCAUAGACUAGUGGAACUCUGUGUGGCCAAGCUGUCCCAAGAUUGGUUUCCCCUUCUUGAACUUCUUGCCAUGGCCUUAAAUCCUCACUGCAAAUUCCACCUCUACAAUGGUACUCGUCCCUCAGAAACAGUUCCUGCGGGAGUCCAGCUCGCUGAAGAUGAACUUUAUGCCCGUCCUCCUGACCCACGAUCACCAAAGGGUUGGCUAGUAGAUCUUAUCAACAAGUUUGGCACAUUAAGUGGAUUUCAGGUCUUGCAUGAUCGAUUCAUGAGUGGAUCAGCAUUGAAUGUUCAGAUCAUUGCAGCUCUCAUCAAGCCAUUUGGACAAUGUUUUGAAUUUUUAACAUUACAUACAGUGAAGAAAUACUUCCUUCCAAUUAUAGAAAUGGUUCCACAGUUUUUAGAAAAUUUAACAGAUGAUGAACUGAAAAAAGAAGCAAAGAAUGAAGCCAAAAAUGAUGCUCUGUCAAUGAUAAUCAAAUCUCUAAAGAACUUAGCUUCAAGAGUUCCAGGACAAGAAGAAACUGUAAAAAAUUUAGAAAUAUUUAGGUUAAAAAUGAUUCUUAGGUUGUUACAAAUUUCCUCUUUCAAUGGUAAAAUGAAUGCACUAAAUGAAGUUAACAAAGUAAUAUCCAGUGUGUCAUACUACACUCAUCGACAUGGUAAUCCUGAAGAGGAAGAGUGGCUCACAGCUGAAAGAAUGGCAGAAUGGAUCCAGCAGAACAACAUUUUAUCAAUUGUACUAAGAGAUAGUCUUCAUCAACCUCAAUAUGUAGAAAAACUUGAGAAAAUUCUCCGGUUUGUCAUCAAAGAGAAAGCUCUCACUUUGCAGGAUCUUGACAACAUUUGGGCUGCACAGGCAGGAAAACAUGAAGCCAUUGUAAAAAAUGUGCAUGAUCUCCUUGCAAAAUUAGCUUGGGAUUUCUCUCCUGAACAGCUUGAUCACCUGUUUGAUUGUUUUAAGGCAAGUUGGACGAAUGCCAGCAAGAAACAGCGUGAGAAGCUGCUGGAGUUAAUUCGUCGCCUUGCAGAGGAUGACAAGGAUGGAGUGAUGGCACACAAAGUGCUGAACCUUUUGUGGAAUUUGGCUCACAGUGAUGAUGUGCCAGUUGAUAUCAUGGACCAGGCUCUCAGUGCCCAUAUAAAAAUCUUAGAUUACAGCUGUUCACAGGAUCGAGACACACAGAAGAUCCAGUGGAUAGAUCGCUUUAUAGAAGAGCUUCGCACAAACGACAAAUGGGUCAUUCCUGCACUGAAACAAAUUAGAGAAAUUUGCAGUUUGUUUGGUGAAGCACCACAGAACUUGAGUCAAACUCAGAGAAGUCCCCACGUGUUUUACCGACAUGACCUAAUCAAUCAGCUUCAGCACAAUCACGCCCUCGUCACACUGGUUGCAGAAAACCUCUCUGCCUAUAUGGAAAGCAUGAGGCAGUAUGCUAAAGAGCAUGGUGAGUAUGAUCCUCAGACUGUGAGACCAGGAAGCCGCUACAGCCACGUGCAGGAGGUGCAGGAGCGACUGAACUUCUUACGAUUUUUAUUGAAGGAUGGUCAGCUGUGGCUCUGUGCCCCUCAGGCGAAGCAGAUAUGGAAGUGUUUAGCAGAAAAUGCGGUUUAUCUUUGUGAUCGCGAAGCCUGUUUUAAAUGGUAUUCCAAACUAAUGGGGGAUGAACCAGACUUAGACCCUGACAUUAAUAAGGACUUCUUUGAAAAUAAUGUGCUUCAGCUGGAUCCUUCCCUAUUAACAGAAAAUGGAAUGAAAUGUUUUGAACGUUUCUUCAAAGCUGUGAACUGUCGAGAAGGAAAGCUUGUAGCAAAGAGACGAGCCUAUAUGAUGGAUGACCUGGAAUUAAUAGGAUUAGACUACCUUUGGAGGGUUGUGAUUCAGGGAAAUGAUGACAUUGCAAACCGAGCAAUAGACCUUCUUAAAGAGAUCUAUACCAAUCUUGGCCCAAGGUUACAAGUUAAUCAGGUAGUGAUUCAUGAAGACUUCAUUCAGUCCUGUUUCGACCGUCUAAAAGCCUCCUAUGAUACAUUGUGUGUGUUGGAUGGAGACAAAGACAGCAUCAACUGUGCAAGACAAGAAGCAAUAAGGAUGGUGAGAGUGCUGACUGUUUUAAGGGAGUAUAUAAAUGAGUGUGACAGUGAUUACCACGAAGAAAGAACUAUUCUACCUAUGUCAAGAGCUUUCCGUGGUAAACAUAUCACACUUGUGGUUCGUUUUCCAAACCAAGGCCGGCAGGUGGAAGAUUUGGAUAUUUGGUCUCACACGAAUGACACCAUUGGCCAAGUGCGGCGCUGCAUCCUCAAUCGCAUUAAAGCCAACAGUGCACACACAAAAGUAGAGCUGUUCAUUGGGGGUGAGCUGGUGGAUCCUGCAGAUGACAGAAAGUUAAUUGGGCAGCUGAAUCUCAAGGAUAAAACGCUAAUUACAGCAAAGCUUACACAGAUAAAUUCUAAUAUGCCCUCAAGUCCAGAUAGUUCUUCUGACUCUUCAACUGGUUCUCCGGGCAACCACGGCAAUCACUACAGUGAUGGUCCAAAUCCAGAAGUUGAAAGUUGUUUGCCUGGAGUGAUCAUGUCACUGCAUCCUCGAUACAUCUCUUUUCUUUGGCAAGUUGCAGACUUGGGCAGUAGUCUAAAUAUGCCACCUCUUAGAGAUGGAGCUCGUGUUCUUAUGAAGCUCAUGCCACCAGAUAACACUACGGUCGAGAAACUAAGAGCAAUUUGUUUAGAUCAUGCAAAGCUUGGGGAAAGCAGCCUUAGUCCAUCCCUUGAUUCUCUGUUCUUUGGUCCUUCUGCCUCACAAGUGCUGUACCUAACAGAGGUAGUUUAUGCCUUGUUAAUGCCUGCCAGUGCACCUCUGGGAGAAGAUGCCAGUGACUUCCAGUACAACUUCCUGAAAAGUGGUGGUUUGCCUCUUGUGCUGAGCAUGCUGACCAGAAAUAACUUCCUGCCAAAUGCAGAUAUGGAAACUCGAAGGGGCGCCUACCUUAAUGCUCUAAAAAUAGCCAAAUUAUUGCUAACAGCAAUUGGAUAUGGCCAUGUUCGAGCUGUGGCAGAAGCUUGUCAGCCAGUUGUGGAAGGCACGAGUACAAUUUCACCGAUAAACCAGGCUACGCAUGACCAGGCAGUGGUGCUACAAAAUGCCCUACAAAACAUUCCUAAUCCAACUUCAGAAUGCAUGCUGAGAAAUGUAGCAAUACGUCUUGCACAGCAAAUAUCUGAUGAGGCUUCAAAAUACAUCCCUGACAUCUGUGUUAUCAGGGCAGUGCAAAAAAUUGUUUGGGCAUCAGGUUGUGGAUCAGUUCAGCUGGUUUUCAGCUCGAAUGAGGAAAUCAGUAAAAUCUAUGAAAAGACAAAUGCAGGAAAUGAACCAGACAUGGAAGAUGAACAAGUUUGCUGUGAAGCCCUGGAGGUGAUGACCCUGUGCUUUGCUUUGAUUCCAACAGCACUGGAUGCACUCAGCAAAGAGAAGGCGUGGCAGACAUUUAUUAUUGAUUUACUAUUGCACUGUCACAGCAAAACUGUUCGUCAGAUGGCACAGGAGCAAUUCUUUUUAAUGGCAACCAGGUGUUGCAUGGGACAGAGACCUCUCCUUUUCUUCAUUACCCUGCUGUUUACUGUUCUAGGGAGCACUGCAAGAGAGAGGGCUAAGCAUUCUGGAGACUACUUCACCCUCUUAAGACAUCUUCUUAACUAUGCUUACAACAGUAAUAUUAAUGUACCCAACGCUGAAGUGCUUCUCAAUAAUGAAAUUGACUGGCUUAAGAGAAUCAGGGAUGAAGUAAAAAGAACAGGGGAAACAGGUGUUGAAGAAACGAUCUUAGAGGGUCACCUUGGAGUAACAAAAGAGUUGUUAGCAUUCCAGACACCUGAGAAGAAAUACCAUAUUGGUUGUGAAAAAGGAGGUGCUAAUCUCAUUAAGGAGUUGAUAGAUGAUUUCAUCUUUCCAGCAUCCAAUGUUUAUCUACAAUACAUGAGAAAUGGAGAAUUGCCUGCUGAGCAGGCCAUACCAGUGUGUAGCUCACCAGCCACUAUUAAUGCUGGCUUUGAGCUCCUCGUUGCACUAGCAGUUGGAUGUGUGCGAAAUCUCAAGCAGAUUGUAGACACAUUGACUGAAAUGUAUUACAUAGGUACAGCAAUCACUACUUGUGAAGCGCUCACAGAAUGGGAAUAUCUGCCUCCUGUUGGGCCUCGGCCUCCAAAGGGAUUUGUGGGACUGAAAAAUGCUGGUGCCACUUGUUACAUGAAUUCUGUCAUUCAGCAGCUGUACAUGAUUCCAGCCAUCAGGAAUGGCAUUCUUGCAAUAGAAGGCACAGGCAGUGAUGUAGAUGAUGACAUGUCUGGGGAUGAAAAGCAGGACAAUGAGAGCAAUGUUGACCCACGAGAUGACGUGUUUGGUUAUCCACAUCAGUAUGAAGAUAAACCAGCACUGAGCAAAACUGAAGAUAGAAAAGAGUACAAUAUUGGAGUUUUGAGGCAUCUCCAAGUAAUUUUUGGCCAUUUAGCAGCUUCCAGGCUACAGUACUAUGUACCAAGAGGGUUUUGGAAACAGUUCAGACUCUGGGGUGAACCUGUAAAUCUACGUGAACAACACGACGCUUUAGAGUUUUUUAAUUCGUUGGUGGACAGUUUAGAUGAAGCUUUAAAAGCUUUGGGCCAUCCAGCAAUGUUAAGUAAAGUUUUAGGAGGGUCCUUUGCUGAUCAGAAGAUUUGUCAAGGAUGCCCACAUCGGUACGAGUGUGAGGAAUCCUUCACAACUCUGAAUGUAGAUAUAAGGAAUCACCAAAACCUUCUUGAUUCUUUGGAGCAGUACGUCAAAGGAGAUUUAUUGGAAGGUGCAAAUGCAUAUCAUUGUGAAAAAUGCAACAAAAAGGUGGACACAGUGAAACGCUUGUUGAUUAAGAAGUUGCCUCCAGUUCUUGCCAUCCAGUUGAAACGAUUCGAUUAUGACUGGGAAAGGGAAUGUGCAAUCAAAUUCAAUGAUUAUUUUGAAUUUCCACGAGAACUGGACAUGGAGCCUUACACUGUGGCAGGUGUAGCAAAAUUGGAAGGGGAUGAUGUGAAUCCUGAAAAUCAGAUAAUACAAAAUGAGCAGUCAGAAAAUGAACACUCUGGGAGCACAAAAUACAGACUUGUGGGGGUACUUGUGCACAGCGGCCAGGCCAGCGGCGGACAUUACUACUCCUACAUCAUCCAGAGGAACGGUGGAGAUGGUGAGAAGAACCGGUGGUACAAGUUUGAUGAUGGAGAUGUGACAGAGUGUAAAAUGGAUGAUGAUGAAGAGAUGAAAAAUCAAUGUUUUGGGGGAGAGUACAUGGGCGAGGUGUUUGAUCACAUGAUGAAGAGAAUGUCCUACAGGCGCCAGAAGAGGUGGUGGAAUGCUUACAUUCUUUUUUAUGAACGCAUGGACACGAUAGACAAAGACAAUGAACUCAUAAAAUAUAUUUCAGAAAUCGCUAUCACCACUAAACCCCACCAGAUUAAAAUGCCCUCGGCCAUCGAGCGGAGCGUGCGCAAGCAGAACGUGCAGUUCAUGCACAACCGGAUGCAGUACAGCCUGGAAUAUUUCCAGUUCAUAAAGAAGUUGCUGACUUGUAAUAGUGUCUACCUGAACCCUCCUCCAGGACAAGAUCAUCUGUUGCCUGAAGCAGAAGAAAUAACUAUGAUUAGUAUUCAGCUUGCUGCUAGAUUUCUCUUCACCACAGGAUUUCAUACAAAGAAAAUAGUCCGUGGCCCUGCUAGUGAUUGGUAUGAUGCCCUGUGCAUCCUGCUCCGGCACAGCAAGAAUGUCCGUUUCUGGUUUGCACACAACGUCCUGUUCAAUGUUUCAAACCGCUUCUCUGAGUAUCUCCUGGAGUGCCCCAGUGCAGAAGUGAGGGGUGCAUUUGCAAAACUUAUAGUAUUUAUUGCACAUUUUUCAUUGCAAGACGGACCAUGUCAAUCACCUUUUGCCUCUCCUGGACCUUCCAGUCAGGCUUAUGAUAACUUGAGUUUAAGUGAUCACUUACUGAGGGCGGUACUGAAUCUUCUGAGGAGGGAGGUAUCUGAGCACGGGCGCCACUUGCAGCAGUAUUUCAAUCUGUUUGUGAUGUAUGCCAAUCUAGGUGUAGCAGAGAAGACACAACUUCUGAAACUAAAUGUUCCUGCAACCUUCAUGCUUGUGGCUCUGGAUGAAGGUCCAGGCCCUCCAAUUAAGUACCAGUAUGCUGAGCUGGGGAAGCUGUACACCGUGGUGUCCCAGCUGAUCCGCUGCUGCAACGUCUCCUCGAGGAUGCAGUCUUCUAUCAAUGGUAAUCCCCCACUUGCCAACCCUUAUGGUGAUCCUAAUUUAUCUCAACCUAUAAUGGCACUUCAGCAGAACGUAGCAGACAUUCUGUUUGUGAGAACUAGUUAUGUAAAGAAAAUUAUUGAAGACUGCAGCAACUCUGAAGAGACCAUCAAGUUGCUUCGUUUCUGCUGUUGGGAGAAUCCUCAGUUCUCUUCCACAGUCCUCAGUGAACUACUUUGGCAGGUUGCAUAUUCAUACACAUACGAGCUUCGACCUUAUUUGGAUCUGCUUCUGCAAAUCCUGUUAAUUGAGGACUCUUGGCAAACUCACAGGAUUCACAAUGCACUUAAGGGAAUCCCAGAUGACAGGGAUGGACUCUUUGACACCAUUCAGCGCUCGAAGAAUCAUUACCAGAAAAGAGCUUACCAGUGUAUAAAGUGCAUGGUAGCUCUCUUCAGCAACUGCCCUGUAGCUUACCAGAUCCUUCAGAGCAAUGGAGAUUUGAAGAGGAAAUGGACCUGGGCAGUGGAAUGGCUUGGAGACGAGCUGGAGCGUAGACCAUACACUGGCAAUCCCCAGUACACCUACAAUAACUGGUCUCCACCAAUCCAGAGCAAUGAAACAUCAAAUGGCUACUUCCUAGAGAGGUCACACAGUGCUAGAAUGACUCUUGCAAAGGCCUGUGAACUCUGCCCAGAGGAGGAACCAGAUGAUCCUGAUGCCCCAGAUGAACAUGAGUCUUCUCCACCUGAAGAUGCCCCACUGUAUCCUCAUUCACCUGGUUCCCAGUAUCAACAGAAUAACCACGUGCAUGGACAGCCAUAUACGGGCCCGGCAGCACACCACAUGAACAACCCUCAGCGAACCGGCCAACGAGCACAAGAAAACUUCGAAGGCAGUGAAGAAGUGUCCCCGCCUCAGACAAAAGAUUAGUGAAAUGCACAUAAUCAAUUAACUUGCUCCAUCAAGACUGUGCACCCAGGCCUUACAGUCCAACUUUUCUCUGUGUCUGGCUAAUAUUUAAAACUAGAAAAACUAUUCCUAAUCAACAUGGAGUGGAGAGUCUAUUCACUGUCUUAUCUGCAGAAAAUUGCUGUCAAUAUAUAACCCGCCUGCAGUGGAAAGUGUAUAGUGUUUUGUAAUAAAUGGCCUGAUGCUAAUGUGUAAAUGGCAAAGGUGUAUAUAGUAUAUUAAUGUUUGACUGUUAAUUCUUGAGCAAGAAACAUUUUUUUUUGUCUUGAUGAGACUCACAGAUCUACAAAAACAAAAAAAUAAUUUCUUGAUAUAUCUGCUGCGCUCUGCAACCAGUGUUGCCUGCCUCAUGGCAGUUGGAUCAACUCCUUUACGAAAAAGCCUAUCCAUGUCAACCACAAAAAUAGUUUCAUGUUAAUUCUUUGCCACUGGAGUCGAUUUUACUAUGAGCAACGUAAUGGCUGGUAACCUUUUAAUUAUUUGGUUGAUGUGGAAAAUUGGUGAUGUAACAUUGUUUCUAGAUCUUUUUUCAUUGCCUUUUUCAUUCUGGUAUUAGGUUAAUCACUUUGAAGCUAUAGUUAUGCUGUAACAUUUAGCAUGGCUUCACACCAAGUUAGUGUAGCCAAUGAGGGGGAAAAAAAAAAAAAAAACAAGCGUGACAGCAGUUGUCCCAAUGUGACAACUGUAUUGCUCAGAACUUUUUCUUCUUACACCUAGACUAUAAAAUGGGGAGGGAAAAUGUGACAAACAAGUGGUUUUCAGUUUCACAUAUGUUCCUCACAUCUGAUGUUUGACAGUUCUCUCUCUGGGUGGGAUAAAGAACACUUAGUUUUCAGUAAUAGGAAUUUAAAAGAUUUAAAACAAAUAUGCAAAAAUUUGCUAUGCCAGGAUGCCUGGAGCAUAAUAGACUGUAUUUGGUGUGCUUGUUUUGUUUCUUUGGUAGAGCUUAUUAGAUAAACUUCUAACACUUUCCUUCUACUGCAUCCCAGUGAAGUGGAAGUCAACAAAAUCACAGAGUACUUGUGAGUGCCACUGCACCAAGUUAACUUGCUGGUUUUCUGCUCGUUCACAGUUCUACUUGAAAGCGAGAAUUGUCUUAGCUCUUUAUCCAUUAUACAGAAAAUCUUAACAUUAGAAGCAGGGUUUAAAUAUAAAAGAAACUACUGGUUAGUCAAAUACAAUUCUGAGGUAUCUCUAUUCCAGAAUAAACAUUUGUUUAAAGACUUAAAGAAACGCAUCAGUAAAUACUGUAUUUAAAUGAAAAUUGGUAACUUGAAUGUGUGUAAUUUUUUUGGAACCUGUCUAAAAACCAAAUACCCCUGCAAAACAGAUACAGCCCACCCUAUACUAUUUAAAUAUUUUGCUGUUUUAUUUUAUAGAAAUUAUUUUGCUGAAUUCACAAAUAGAAUUUGAUUUAAGAAGAAUGUUUUGUCCUGUGGUGUGUGUUGUUUUUUGGGGUUUUGUUUUUUAAUGGACUGCACAGAAAGGUGAAUUCUGUGCAGUGGCACUAUGCUGAAUUCUGGAACAACAGUCACAUUGAGAUUCUGUGCACAAAAAAAAAAAUUGGCCCUCAAGAAUAAAAUAAUCAGGACAAUUACACUGUAAAAGUUUCUUAAUGUGAUUUAUCUUGUACUUUUUGUAUGUUUUUAUAUAUACAUAUAUAUAUUUAAGAGCACAAGCUUGAUGGUGUUUUUUACAAAUGAGUUGAUAGAAACAAAGCUGCUUAUCAAAUUAAAGGUCUGUAGUUUUGAAAUGAACAAUGGAAAAUUCAGUCCAAGUGCAUUCUUAGGCAUUUAGUGUAACAAGGGAGAGACACAGAAGAUUUUUGAAUAUGCUGUGUAGCGAUGAUCACUUUUAUGCUUCCAUGUUUUUCCUAGUGCUCAAGUUAAUUCAGAUUUUCUUCAUAGUUUUUUAGUAAUACCAUUUUACCUGGAUUUAGUACAUUUGGAUAAGGUGUUCCCAUUAUGUUUGGGGAUGCUUGUUGGAGGUUUUAACUACAAAAAUUCUACCCUGAGUUCUCAAGUUGAAAUAUUUAUUUGGACCAGUAAUUGUUAAACAGGCUAUCUCAGAGGCGAUUAUUACGUAUUUUGUACUAUAUAGGUAAAAUAUAUAAUGUGCUAGUUCAGCCUUGCCAAAUGUGUUUGCUUUUAAUAGUGCAAUGAUUGUAGAGACAUGUCAAACCUGUGACACUUUAAGGCUGUGGCUUUCUCCAGCCAUACCCAGCCCUGCCCCAGAAUUGGGAAUGGCUGCAGUGGCAGUUGUUUUCCAGGCAGCAAACUGAGGAUUUUGUGCAUCUCUGUGACAUGAAGAAAGGUAAACCCAUAUUGUUUGCUGCAGCUGUUGCUUUUUUAACAGGCAGCUCCAGUGUAAGGUGCAAUGUUUUCUUCACUCUGGGCAAAACCAUUUUGAAUUGUACUUCUUAACAAAUACUGUACAAGCAAAACGUUUGAUAUGCACGUUUCUGUCGCAGCAUUUUGGCAGGGGACUCCAGGCACUGCACCUGGUGAUACCUCCUUGGUGAUGGCACACUCUAAAGCAGUACCCCUCAAAGUGCCUAAAAUUCCAUUCCCCCAUCACUGAUUUCAGUCCUGUUUUCUGUUUAGAACAGUUUCUAGGGAAUCUCUGGUCUUCCAUAAAAUGAGCCAAUAAAUAGUAAAGCAAUUCCUCGUGUUCCUGGCAGUGUAACGUGGAAUACAUAGAAACUGAAAAUCCAUGGGUGAUGUUGAGUCAGGGUUAGUGUGUAGUUUGACCUGGGGGGAAAUCCAUAACCUUACUGAGCAGAAUUUCUCCAUCUUGUACAUUUGGCUUGUGGUUGUUUAGUGACUAAAUUCAGCUUUUAACACUUGCUACUGUCAGUGUUAAAAAUAGUACAGCCAUAUAUAAAAAGAAUUCAGUCACUCUUUGUGUAUCAGUAAAUGUACUAUGUUUUGGUCACAGAGUUGGUCACCUGCACCUGUGUUACCCCUUUGACAAGAAGGAGAUGGCUCAGGGUUCUGUCAAAGCUUGUUUGUCCUGCAGGACCCAAACUUGUGGGAAUGGACAAGCAGAACAGGACUCUGCUUGACUUGGAAUUUUUCACAUUAUUUUCCCAGCUGACUACAAGCUCUGAAAAUUUGAGUUCUCUGUUUUUCAAGCUUGUGUAUCUUGCUGAAAUCGAGCCAGAAAGAAAUGAAAUUCCCCCAUUGAUUUUUUUUUAUUUUUCUGACUGAAACUUUAGACAACAUGAGAGAUUUGUGUUAAUCAUAUUUGCUAUUAUGCCUUCUCAGCCACUCUGUUGUGCCUAGCUUGUGUGUUUUAGCAUAUGUAUCAUGAAAAAGCACUUACAGUUCCAAAACUUCCUGUAUAUUUCCUGAGAUCCAGGAGAGAAUGAGAUUAGCCAUUCUGCCAAAGCUAAAAUGGGCAAAAAUUGGCUGCUGUAGCAAUUUACUUCAUUUUUGAUUUCAAUAAAUUUUGUCUACCUCUUAAGUCUUUUGCCAGAAAUGAAUAGGCUGAUGAGCUGUGUCAGGGCAGUGUGGCUUCAUGUUUUUGUUGGUGUGAGUUCCAGUUACUGGGCAUUGCAGGGAAGCUUUCAGUGCAAUUAAUUUAACUAAAAAUGAAGAUUGACUGUAUAAAUUAGAGGAAGAAGAGGCCUGUUGGGGAAUUUGCAGAGUAACCAAUUAAGUAUUUAAAUAUCUUAGUUAAACCUCGUUAGCCCACACUUACAAAUCCACAUUGGAAGCAAAUUCUCUCCCCCAUGACAAAAGACACACCAUUAUUUUUGGGAGGGUGAGAUGCUGAUGCCAACCUCACAUCUCUUAGGACAGAUGUGGGAUUCUCCCAUUUGUGGCUCUGCUCCAGCACAGCAUAAUCAGGACCACAGUGAUUUUGGCUCUUUGUCUUUUCACUUUUCAUGCCCUCCAUGAUGUUCAUGACACCACUUUCCCCCAGCCAUGAGGUUUGGGCGUGAAGUUGCAGCUGCCCUGCCUAGAGCCAGCCAGAAGAGGCUUUCUGGGAGCAGUGGGAAGUGUCUGGCACAAACCAGAGCUGCACUGUGAUGCUGCAGUGGCAAAGGCAGAGUGCAGGGAUCCCAGCUGCUUCCUCCUGCAGGAUUCCUGCUCUCCUAGCAGGUGUGUGGUGGGAAAGGUGACACCAAACCUCUGUUUAGAGCUCUGAAUUCUCUCCUGGCUGGCAGCUGGGCUCACAGUGAGCUGUGGGUACCCUCUGUGCCAUUCCAGGCUGUCCCUGUGCCUGCCCAGUGGGUGCCAUGUCAGCACAGCCCUCCUUGUUCCAGAUUGCAGGAAGGGCUUUACCCCAGCCUGAGCACUGGUACUUUUCACACUGGAACUUCCCAAGGUUCUUACCACCAAUUUCCUUUUAUUCCUAAGGGAUAAAAGUCUCCCCUGGGCUUUAAGUGUCCAGUAACCAUUCCUGUGUCAUUAUUCACAAGAGCAAUGCACAGCCCCACCCUGCAGUGUCUGUCAGGAGUAGGCUGUGUUUGGAAGGGUGCUCACAAGAGAUUCCAGCAUUAAAUUGAGACCUCCCCAUCCUGCACUCUGAUUUUCUAACACAAGUUGUGGUGGAUCCAUGGAUUUCAGCAGCAUUUGUGCCAGUUCAGUUGAUCUCAGCACUGUAAGAGUGGAAGUUGGUGAUGUGUUGGGGUCAGGCCAGCUCAGUCAGUGGGCGGCACUCAAGACAGAGCUCUUGUUUGCAGACAAAUCAAAACAAGCAUGGGGGAAACAGUUUCUGAAGGAGAAAAACACUCCUGAAUAAGGGCUAACUUUUAAUCAGAUUUUUAAAUACCCAACUCUGUAUUUUUUAGCUUUAGAACUCCUUGAAGCCACUUUUUGAUAAUAAAACUGACCUACAGGCUGUUUCCUUGGAAGAAUUUAAUAUAGCCUUAAAUCACAGCAGCACAAUUCUGAAAUGACAGGGUCAUUGUUCAGUGGUCAAAAUAAUGUGCAAAAAAAUGUCUUCUAGUUUUUAACCAUUAGAUAACCUUGAGUAGAGAAACAAGAGGAAAAAGGUUCCAUGACUUCAUCCACAAUCUGACCAUAGCAAAACAUCCAGUGCAGGGAAAUAAGAUCAUUCCCUUCUCUGUUUCUAUAGUAUUCAAAGUGUCUGAUAAUGUUAAAUUUUGUUCUUAAUUUGCAACUGCUGUUCCAGUAAGUUGGUGUAUUUUGCCCAAAGUGGUGUGAGCUGCACUGUCUGAUUUGCAGUGAUGUCUCCUUUGGUCCACACCAGAGCAAAAUGUUUCAGUGUUUGGUUUUCCCCUCUAGGCUGUUCCCUGAUCCACAUUUCUGCUGUGGUGUUGUGCUGUCCCUGUUUUCAUACAAUGCCCAGGGCUGGAUGAAUGCUUUCCAAGUGUGGUUUCACCUGAGCCAUUAAGUGAGCAGUUCUGUUCCUUUGCUGUAGUGAUACCUCUGUAGGUGCAGCUUUUAAAGGUAUUAUUGGCCUUUUUUGUAGCUUUAUUUAUUGAAAAAUGCUGCUCAGUUCUUGUCCCUCACUCUUAAAUUCCUGUCCAUCUUUUAUUGUGAUUCUUACAGAGUUUUUCACUCUGGAUUGCAAGGAUCAUUUUUAUAUUCAGUAUUUUUGUA